GAAUACUGAGAGUGAGAAGGCACGACGUGCAGAUGCCAGAUGGAGACUUAAUUAAGAAUCCAGGUGUACAAGUGCAAGUGCAACUUCACCCAAACCAAACCAAGCAAGCCUAAACUUUAACAAAAUCAAACCCUUCUUCGUCUCGUGUUUUCAUCACACACACUCUCGUAAUCGGGAAUGGAUCCACUGCUACCCAUUGUAGCGCUAUCCCUCGUGUUGGGCGCCAUUAUCGCCCUCCUCUUCUUCAACUCCUACUUCCGCAAGCGCCAAUCCGAAAUCCGAUCCAUCGCCAAUCCCAAUCCCAAACCUAAACCCCCUCCCAAGAAGCCUCUCUCCAAACCCCAUUCCUCCGACAAGGACCAAAACAAGCGACAUCAUCCCUUGGAUUUGAAUACCUUGAAGGGCCACGGUGAUGCAGUCACCGGGAUAUGCUUCUCUCACGAUGGACGAAAUUUGGCCACAGCUUGUGCUGAUGGAGUUGUGAGAGUAUUUAAGUUGGAUGAUGCUUCAAGUAAAAGUUUCAAGUUUCUAAGGAUUAAUUUGCCUGCCGGUGGUCAUCCAACAGCAGUUACAUUUUCUGAUGAUGCAUCCUCCAUUGUUGUGGCAUCUCAUACUCUCUCUGGUUGUUCACUAUACAUGUAUGGAGAAGAGAAGCCAAAAACUUCUGAAAAUAAACCACAAGCAAAGCUUCCUCUCCCGGAAAUUAAGUGGGAGCAUCACAAGGUUCAUGAUAAAAAGUCAAUAAUAACUAUGUUUGGAACCUCGGCAACUUAUGGCAGUGCAGAUGGAAGUACAAUUAUUGCCUCAUGUUCAGAAGGGACUGACAUCAUUCUUUGGCAUGGAAAAUCUGGGAAGAGUGUGGGGCAUGUGGAUACAAAUCAAUUGAAAAAUACCAUGGCUGCUAUAUCUCCCAAUGGUCGUUUUAUUGCAGCAGCAGCAUUUACUGCAGACGUGAAGAUCUGGGAGAUUGUAUAUGCCAAGGAUGGAUCUGUGAAGGAAGUUGUGAAUGUCAUGCAGCUGAAGGGGCAUAAGAGUGCAGUGACUUGGUUAUGCUUUACACCAAACUCUGAGCAAAUAAUCACCGCAUCCAAGGAUGGUUCAAUGAGAAUAUGGAAUAUCAAUGUUCGUUAUCAUCUUGAUGAGGAUCCAAAGACGCUGAAGGUGUUCCCAAUCCCUCUUCAUGAUUCUUCUGGUACUACAUUGCACUAUGACCACCUGAGUAUUUCCCCUGAUGGAAAAAUUUUGGCUGCGACCCAUGGUUCCACAUUGCAGUGGUUAUGUGUUGAGACUGGAAAGGUUUUGGAUACAGCUGAGAAAGCCCAUGAUAGUGACAUUUCUUGCAUUACGUGGGCUCCUAAAACAAUUCCAAUGGGAAAUGAACAAGUCUUGGUUUUAGCCACAGCCAGUGCUGACAAGAAAGUGAAGUUGUGGGCAUCUCCAUCUCUUCCUUCCUCCUAAUCCACCACCAUCGUACUAGUAGCAUGCCAAAUGCCAAUGCACGUGCACGUACUGACCACUAAUUUAUGCACUCUUCAAAAGUUCUGGGACUUGCUCUCUCUCGUUGGUUCAGUCACUCUACAACUUGAUUAGAGCUGCACGGUAUCAUAUGAAAGUUGAAUCAGAAACUAGGAUGAGCUGAAAUGACACAAGCCUUUAGUUGCUUGCUGCUUAGACUUGGAUCUUUCCGAAUUUUUGUGAUAAUUUUUAUAGACUUUUAGAUAAUGAUGUUGGUUUUGGUUGUGCUAGUGAGGCUGACGUCAUUCAAGUGAUGCGAGAAUAGUCUAUUAGUAACUUUGGGAGAGAACAUAAUAGACAUGUUAGUGGCUAUAGUUUGUUAUUUAAAAAGAGAAUAACUUUCAUAUUUUCAGCUAAAAUAUUUUCAGGGUAUUAUUCCAUCCA